AUGACAGGUCUUCCACCUCUAUCAGCGGAGGAAAAGGUUGCCCGGGAGCGGCGACUGCAGGCAGAGCAUAUGCGGUAUGUGAAUAGUAUUGCAACAAGACGUUCAUUACCACGUUUACAGUCAACAAUUGCCGGAGCUGGUGGAAAAACCAACGAACACAUCCGUCUUGCAGAAGAGCGGGAAACAGAGCGACGACAGCGCCACCAAUUUGAGGCUGACCGCCUAUUAGAAAAGACGGAGCGGGAAAAGGCGCAUCAGAACAAGGUGAACGCGCUCAACGCCAGACAACAAAAAAAGAGGACUAAAGCAGCCAAAAAAAAGGCGAAACGAUCCAGAAUUCGGUUGGAGGAAGGACGAGUAAGCGGUUCCUCAGAGGAUGAGGAGACUGACACGUGUGAUGAAAGUGAAGAAAAACAGUGA